ACUUGGUGAGGUACAUCCAUCCUGCAUACCAGGCAUAGAUACACUGCAUAUUAGGGCAGCUGUAUCAGAGGGGUGUGUGUGUUUGUGUCCCAGCGAUUCCUACACAUAUGUAGGUAUAAAAAUGAAUCUCUCAUCACGUUCACAAGACCGUAAACGAGGGGCCCGAUUCUUUAGCAAGAGUGACAUAGAUGAGUUCAAGGAAUGUUUUUCCUUCUAUGCAAGACAAAGGCAUAUUGUCAAUGUAGAGGAGCUAAAGAUUAUUAUGAGAUCAUUAGGCUAUAGCCCAACCAUUGUAGAGUUGCAAACAUAUUACAAAAAAUACCAGAAAGAGGGCAAGAUUGAUUUUGCCACUUUCCUGGAUAUCAUGCAUGAACAUUCCCAGAAUGAGAAGUGUCAGGAGGAACUUGUGGCAGCAUUCCAGUCGCAUGAUAUUCAACGGAGAGGAUACGUGAAUGCAUCGGAGGUCAAGAAUAUUCUGACACAAUUUGGGGAAAAACUGAACAAAAGAGAAGUUGAUGCAUUAUUCAGGGAGGCAAAGAUCCAACCAAAUGGACAAGUUAAGUAUGCAGACUUCAUCAAGACUCUUCUGACACCAGCUCCAGACUACUGAUGUAAUAGUUUUGAUCCAGCUUGAGGAUGAAAUUGUUGGCAGGGGAUGGGGGGUGGGGGCUAGAGACAUUAAAUGAUGGUCACAAUCCUUAGUUAUGGAGACCACAAUUUUUGUUACAUCAUGCUUACCAAAAGCAUCUCGCAUCUUAAGUAAAACACAUUUUCUGUGCAUUUAUUGAAAAAAAGGAACAUAUAAUCUUGCUUUCAUGCAUUUUAGUACAUGAUAUUCAUGUAUAUUGGAUAUACAUUGUAGCCACUUUGUUACAUCUUGCAGAAUGUUGAGAGAUGGGUGGAAUUGGCAGUUUUGUCAUGUCACUAAAAACUAAGUCAGAACUGUCUGACAUUUAUUUAUGUCUUUCCCAGAUAAAGGAAGUCGGGGCAAUUAUUUUCACCAUUCCCGGAUCUUCAUUCAAAUGUAUCUUUUUAUAGAGAGCUUUUUUAUGGUCUUGAACUACUGGUAUGCACUUUGUUAGGCAAUGGUUACUGAUUCAUAUUUAUUAACUCUCAUACUUAAUCAUGCAUUGCUGUGAAAAAAUGCUGAUUUCUUUAGUAAUCAGUUUUGCACAAAGAUAAUUAUUCAUUCCAAGUUAACACAAAGGUGCAAUUCCUGUCACUAUUAAAUAUGUAAUUAUGUAAUAUUUUCAUUCCAAUAAGGAUGCACUAGAUAAACAUGCAAAAUAGACAUUUAUAGGUGUGUUUGUCAAUUUUCAAGAAGUCAUUGAUAUCUCAUUGUCCAUCUCUUUUUCAUCCUACCUUAAAUUGCAUUUCUUUUCUUUCCGAGUGAUAAUAUUGUCAUUUUAACAGAGCUGAUACCAUGCCAUUGUUUAGAAAGAGACAAGAAGACAAAAUGUUGGUUCCCACUUUUUAAAGGUUUAGUCAGAAUGCUAGUUGCAGGGCAUUUGGUUCAGAAGUAUAGUCAUGUAGCAAUAGUAAGUUCUGAAUUAGUAAUAAGUACACUGUAUGCGGUUUAAGGAGAAAUAAACUAUUUAUUCUGUCA